AAUUCUCUCUUCAAUAACACAAACACUAGCCAGGAGCUCCAAAUACUUUAGUGGAAGAAGAGAAGAGAACCCAUCAAACUCUUCUAGGAACUAAUAUUUCCUUUUGUCGAAAUUUUUUCUUGAUCAUCAGAGAGAGAGCGAGAGAGAGAGAGAGAGAGAGAGAGAAUGUCAGGAAAGCCAGACAAAGAGUACGAGCGGACAUUGGAGGAGACAUCGACAUGGAGUGUGGCGGUCGUGUGCUUCAUCUUGCUCGCCAUCUCCAUCUUCAUCGAACAUGUCAUUCACCUCCUGGGCAAGUGGCUAACAAAUAAACGCAGGCGAGCCCUUGUUGAAGCCCUUGAAGUGGUUAAAUCAGAGCUUAUGCUACUGGGGUUCAUAUCCUUGCUCCUUACGGUGUUUCAAGAUCCCAUUUCGAGAACAUGCGUUUCGAGUAAUGUCGCAUCCACGUGGCGCCCUUGUAGCAAGGAGGAGGAGAGCUCCAAGAGUUCUAGUAAAGGACGGAGACUCCUUGACUUUUCCGAUAUCGGGUCCAUCACGCGGCGGAGUUUGGCCACCAAGGGAUACGACAAAUGCACGGAAAAGGGGAAGGUUGCGUUUGUGACAGCAUAUGGAAUACACCAGCUACACAUAUUCAUCUUUGUCUUAGCCAUAUUUCAUGUGCUCUACUGCAUCACAACUUUGGCUCUCGGCACCUUUAAGAUGAGAAAGUGGAAACUGUGGGAAAAUGAGACAAAGACAGCUGAAUACCAAUUCUAUAAUGAUCCAGAGAGGUUUAGGUUUACAAGAGACACAUCAUUUGGGAGAAGACACUUGAGCUUUUGGAGCCGUUCACCAAUUUCCCUUUGGAUUGUGUGCUUCUUCAGACAAUUCUUUGGAUCAGUCACAAAGGUUGACUACAUGGCACUGAGACAUGGCUUUAUCAUGGCACAUUUAGCACCCAACAAUGCAGCCGCGUUUGACUUCCAGAAGUACAUUCGCAGGUCGCUCGAAGAGGAUUUUAAAGUGGUUGUUGGGAUAAGUCCCACGAUAUGGUUCACUGCAGUGUUGUUCCUGCUGUCCAAUACACAUGGGUGGUACUCUUACCUGUGGUUGCCAUUCAUUUCUUUGAUAAUAAUUCUGAUGGUAGGAACCAAGCUACAAGUUAUUAUCACAGAAAUGGGACUAAGAAUUCAAGAGAGAGGGGAUGUGAUUAAGGGUACAGUGCUGGUUCAGCCAGGCGACGAGCUUUUCUGGUUUGGUCGGCCGCGUUUUGUCCUCUUUUUAAUUCACUUUGUCCUGUUUCAGAAUGCUUUUCAACUAGCUUUCUUCGCCUGGAGCACGUGGCAAUUCACCUUGCGGAGUUGCUUCCACAAGAAACUUGAAGACAUCAUCAUCAGAAUUUCAAUGGGGGUCAUCAUACAGGUUUUGUGCAGUUAUGUGACUUUGCCACUCUAUGCCUUAGUGACCCAGAUGGGAUCCACCAUGAAACCCACCAUCUUCCACGAUCGAGUGGCAACUGCACUAAAAAACUGGCACCACUCAGCGAGGAGGCAUGUCAAGCACAGCCAACACUCAAAUAAUACCCCAACACCCUUUGCAAGCAUGCCAGCAACUCCAGAGCAUGGCUCGUCGCCGAUCUGUCUCUUGCACAACUACCAACAGAGGAGCCUCAAUAGUCCUCACGGUUCUCCGAGGAAAUCUGAUGCCGAAAACGAGGAGUGGGCAGUUAUAGGCUUACAAUCCCCACAGAACCAGGAAGUUGAUGAUGUGCCUCGGAGCAGGCAUUUGGAUACCACAGGGCAAGAGGAAUCGACCCGACAACCAAACUCUACUCAUAAUCAACAUGAAAUUGACAUAACGCCAUCUGAUUUCUCAUUUCGGAAGUGAUCUUAGUGGUGUUGAUUGAUAGUUAGCUGCAAUGCAUCUUACUUAGAGAUUUGUACACUUCUGUACAAGAGAGCUACUGUAAAAGGAUGUUCAAGCAAUAGGCCAAGUGGAUAUGGCAGGGUUAAUAUUACUGUUAGAAUACAUGGAUUAUCGAUAUGUAGUUUCUAUACUAAUUCUGUAAAGGAAAUUUAAGUACGUUUUAG